AUCAACUCAAAACCCUAAAAUCAGCGCCGAUUGUUCUAUACAUCUCUGCAGGAAGUUAGAGCAACAAGUUGCAGAGCGGAAGCAAAAAUGAGCCGUGGAGCAGCCGCAUCCGGUGGCCCGAAGGGGAAGAAGAAGGGCGUGACCUUCGUCAUCGAUUGUGCGAAGCCAGUUGAGGACAAGAUCAUGGACAUCGCCUCGUUGGAGAAGUUUCUUCUCGAGAGGAUCAAGGUCGGCGGCAAAGCUGGGGCACUUGGCGACUCCGUUACCGUCACUCGGGACAAGAACAAGAUCACCGUCAACUCCGAUAGCAAUUUCUCCAAGAGGUAUCUCAAAUACUUGACUAAGAAGUAUUUGAAGAAACACAACGUUAGAGAUUGGCUUCGAGUUAUUGCUUCGAACAAGGACCGCAACGUCUAUGAAUUAAGAUACUUCAACAUUGCCGAGAACGAGGGCGAGGAGGAAGAUUGAGGUUAAAAUCCUUAUAUUUUGGAAGCAUUGUUUUCAGUAGGAUUAGUUGUAGCGGUCUUUCUCAUAUUAAACGUUGUUGAAAUCAUAUUUCCAUACCUGCUUGAAGUUUUCUAUAUAGAAUAUAGCAAGGUUUCUAUGAGUUAUGAGAUGAUGCAACUCUUGUUUAUUUCUGAAGUUUUAAUAUCUAUAAAUUUUGCUCACGUAGCUCCUUUCUUUUGGUUGGUUUUGAAAA